GCCUGUAUUGUGUUUACAAAAUAUUGAACUUCACCGAGAGAAUCGCUCGAACGAAAAUUUAUGUAACGAAAUUGUGAAAUAUUGAAGUGUAAUUUAAACUAAUUCAACAAAGCUGCAAUGGCCCAACCGCCGACGCGCAGCCUGAUGCGCAUUCUGUUCCAAACCUUCAUGAACUCGCUGAAGCCGCGCCAGCUCAAAGGCAACCUCGUGGGCGAGGACUACUUCGGGAACAAGUACUACGAAAUCCCGGCAAACUCGGCGCUUGGGCAGACGCGCAACCAGCGCUGGUUCGAACCUACGGAGAAGGAAGCGUACAACCAGGAGGUGACGGCCGAGUGGGAGGCGUGGUUGCGCGGCAGAAGGAAGGAACCUCCGACGGAGCAGGAACUGCUGCGCAACCUGGCCAUCAUGAAGCUGAAGGAGAAGAACGCGGCCGAGCUGGAGGCCAAGCACGCAAAGCCCAAGGAUCUGACCGAGCUGGAGAAAAACCCGACCGGGAUGGGUUCGUUCCCGCAGUACGAGGACUACGAGGUGAUGCCGGGCAAGGGAAAGCGUGAGAAAUAAACUUUGAAAUGUGGAUUUAGUUUUUAAAAUAUUUUUUUUAUUUGUUUGCUUUACUUGUUCUUGGAGAGAAGCGUAAGUUGUGUAUAUACAAUGAUAUAUAUAUUAAAGUAAUAUAUAAUUAAA